CAGCCUCCACCCCUCGCCUGCGACGAUGACGCGGAGCAGCUUGUCUGACUUUUUGAGUCAGUCCCACCGGUGAUUGCUUCUCGCGUGUGGCGCGCUUGCGGGUAUCAGAGGCUGGCGUGCGCGUGGUGUCGUUCGCUCGCUCGCUCUUCCCCACCCCUCCCCGAGUGUGACCAGGUGGUGCGGGCCGGUACUGCCCUGUUUUUGUGUUUUGAACAUUCCCACCCCCGCCCUGCUCCUGCAAAUGAGACUGGGGCUGAGGGGCUGGGCCCAAAGGAGGCCUUGUAGCCUCUCCAAUCCGGGUUUUGCAUUGCUGCUCACCGACUCAUCAGACUGAAUGGUUUCGGAGUGAGCAGGGCACGUUUUUAUUCAGAUGCUUCUGGAACCUCGAAAUUGUCUUCUUGGGGAAGAGCCAUCCCCUCUUUGGGCUUCAGAGGCCCCGAUUGAGACGCAAUGAUGAGAGGAUGUGAUGGUCCACUCAGAUGUCAGUCUUAAGGGCUAGUUCUUUUUGGAGGUGGAUAUCUGCUCAGACAGUAAGAAUUAUAAGAGCUGUGCGAGCUCAUUUUGAAAGAAUAAUGGAUGAAUCGUCCUCCUUGGCCAAACCAUUGGAGCUAAACCAGCACUCCCGAUUCAUAAUUGGCUCUAUAUCUGAAGAUAACUCAGAAGAUGAGAUCAGUAGUCUGGUGAAGCUGGACCUGGAGGAGAAGGAGGGCUCAAUGUCACCAGCUUCUGUUGGCUCAGAUACUCUCUCUGAUUUAGGAAUAUCUAGCCUACAAGAUGGCUUGGCCUUACACAUGAGAUCCAGCAUGUCUGGCUUACACCUAGUAAAGCAAGGUCGAGAUCGAAAGAAAAUAGACUCACAGAGAGACUUCACUGUAGCUUCCCCUGCAGAAUUUGUUACUCGUUUUGGGGGGAAUAAAGUGAUUGAGAAGGUUCUUAUUGCCAACAAUGGUAUUGCUGCAGUGAAAUGCAUGCGUUCUAUUCGUCGGUGGUCUUAUGAGAUGUUUCGGAAUGAACGUGCAAUCCGAUUUGUUGUCAUGGUGACACCUGAAGACCUUAAAGCCAAUGCAGAAUACAUCAAGAUGGCAGAUCACUAUGUUCCAGUGCCUGGAGGAUCAAACAACAACAACUAUGCAAAUGUGGAAUUAAUUCUUGAUAUUGCUAAAAGAAUCCCAGUACAAGCAGUAUGGGCUGGUUGGGGCCAUGCUUCUGAAAAUCCCAAGCUUCCAGAACUUCUUUUGAAAAAUAGCAUUGCCUUCAUGGGUCCUCCAAGUCAGGCCAUGUGGGCUUUGGGGGAUAAGAUUGCAUCUUCCAUAGUGGCUCAAACUGCAGGAAUUCCAACUCUUCCAUGGAGUGGCAGUGGUCUUCGUGUGGACUGGCAGGAAAAUGAUUUUUCAAAGCGUAUCUUAAAUGUUCCCCAGGAGCUGUAUGAAAAAGGUUAUGUAAAAGAUGUGGACGAUGGACUGAUAGCAGCUGAGAAAGUUGGAUAUCCAGUAAUGAUCAAGGCUUCUGAAGGUGGAGGAGGGAAGGGAAUCAGAAAAGUCAACAAUGCAGAUGACUUCCCUAAUCUCUUCCGACAGGUUCAAGCUGAAGUUCCUGGAUCUCCUAUAUUUGUAAUGCGACUAGCCAAACAGUCUCGUCAUCUGGAGGUGCAGAUCUUAGCAGAUCAGUAUGGCAAUGCCAUCUCUCUGUUUGGCCGUGAUUGUUCUGUACAGCGCAGGCAUCAGAAGAUUAUUGAAGAAGCACCUGCUGCUAUUGCUACUCCAGCUGUAUUUGAACAUAUGGAACAGUGUGCAGUAAAACUUGCCAAAAUGGUUGGUUAUGUGAGUGCUGGGACUGUGGAAUACCUUUACAGCCAGGAUGGCAGCUUCUACUUUCUGGAAUUGAACCCUCGGCUACAGGUGGAGCACCCUUGCACAGAGAUGGUGGCUGACGUCAACCUUCCUGCAGCACAGCUCCAGAUUGCUAUGGGAAUUCCUUUGUACAGGAUAAAGGAUAUCCGUAUGAUGUAUGGUGUAUUGCCUUGGGGUGAUGCUCCCAUUGAUUUUGAGAAUUCUGCUCAUGUUCCUUGCCCUAGAGGCCAUGUUAUUGCUGCUCGAAUCACUAGUGAAAAUCCAGAUGAGGGUUUUAAACCUAGCUCAGGAACUGUUCAGGAACUGAAUUUCCGCAGCAAUAAGAAUGUUUGGGGUUAUUUCAGUGUUGCUGCUGCAGGGGGACUUCAUGAAUUUGCUGAUUCUCAGUUCGGACACUGCUUUUCCUGGGGAGAAAACAGAGAAGAAGCAAUUUCGAACAUGGUGGUGGCUUUGAAGGAGCUAUCUAUUCGAGGUGACUUUCGAACUACAGUUGAAUAUCUGAUCAAGUUGUUGGAGACUGAAAGCUUUCAGUUGAACAGAAUUGAUACUGGCUGGCUGGAUAGACUGAUAGCAGAAAAAGUACAGGCAGAGCGACCUGACACCAUGUUGGGAGUUGUGUGUGGGGCUCUCCAUGUGGCCGAUGUGAGCCUUCGUAAUAGCAUCUCUAACUUCCUUCACUCCUUAGAAAGGGGUCAAGUCCUUCCUGCUCAUACACUUUUGAAUACAGUAGAUGUUGAACUUAUCUAUGAAGGAAUCAAGUAUGUACUUAAGGUGACUCGACAGUCCCCCAACUCCUAUGUGGUGAUCAUGAAUGGCUCAUGUGUUGAAGUAGAUGUGCAUCGGUUGAGUGAUGGAGGACUCCUUUUAUCCUAUGAUGGCAGCAGCUAUACUACAUACAUGAAGGAGGAAGUGGACAGAUAUCGCAUCACUAUUGGCAAUAAAACCUGUGUUUUUGAGAAGGAAAAUGACCCUUCAGUGAUGCGCUCCCCUUCUGCUGGGAAGUUAAUCCAGUACAUCGUGGAGGAUGGAGGCCAUGUGUUUGCUGGCCAGUGCUAUGCUGAGAUUGAGGUCAUGAAGAUGGUAAUGACCUUAACAGCUGCAGAGUCUGGCUGUAUCCAUUAUGUCAAAAGACCUGGAACAGCUCUUGACCCAGGCUGUGUCAUAGCCAAAAUGCAGUUAGACAAUCCCAGCAAGGUCCAGCAGGCUGAGCUUCACACAGGUAGUUUGCCGCAGAUUCAGAGUACAGCACUCAGAGGCGAAAAGCUCCAUCGAGUGUUCCACUAUGUCCUGGAUAAUCUGGUCAACGUUAUGAAUGGAUACUGCCUUCCAGAUCCUUUCUUCAGCAGCAGGGUAAAAGACUGGGUAGAGCGAUUGAUGAAGACCCUAAGGGACCCCUCCUUGCCUCUUCUAGAAUUGCAAGAUAUCAUGACCAGUGUCUCUGGCCGCAUCCCACCCAAUGUGGAGAAAUCUAUCAAGAAGGAAAUGGCUCAGUAUGCGAGCAACAUCACAUCAGUCCUCUGUCAGUUUCCGAGUCAGCAGAUUGCCAACAUCUUAGAUAGCCACGCGGCUACAUUGAACCGGAAAUCUGAACGAGAAGUCUUCUUUAUGAAUACCCAGAGCAUUGUCCAGCUGGUACAGAGGUACCGAAGUGGCAUCAGAGGUCACAUGAAGGCUGUGGUGAUGGAUCUGCUGCGGCAGUACCUGAGAGUGGAGACGCAAUUCCAGAGUGGUCACUAUGACAAAUGUGUGUUUGCCCUUCGGGAAGAGAACAAAAGUGACAUGACCACUGUUUUGAACUACAUCUUCUCUCAUGCUCAAGUCACCAAGAAGAAUCUUCUAGUCACAAUGCUUAUUGAUCAGUUGUGUGGCCGGGACCCUACUCUUACUGAUGAGCUGCUGAAUAUCCUCACAGAGUUAACUCAACUCAGUAAGACAACAAAUGCCAAAGUGGCACUUCGAGCUCGCCAGGUUCUCAUUGCCUCUCAUUUGCCGUCAUAUGAACUUCGCCAUAACCAAGUAGAGUCUAUCUUCCUAUCAGCUAUUGACAUGUAUGGACAUCAGUUUUGCAUUGAGAACCUGCAGAAACUCAUCUUAUCUGAAACAUCUAUUUUUGAUGUUCUUCCAAACUUCUUUUAUCAUAGCAAUCAGGUAGUGCGGAUGGCAGCUCUGGAGGUAUAUGUUCGAAGGGCUUACAUUGCCUAUGAACUUAACAGUGUGCAGCACCGCCAGCUUAAGGACAACACCUGUGUGGUAGAAUUCCAGUUCAUGCUGCCCACCUCUCAUCCGAACAGAGGGAACAUCCCCACGCUAAACAGAAUGUCCUUCUCCUCCAACCUCAAUCACUAUGGCAUGACUCAUGUAGCUAGUGUCAGUGAUGUGCUACUGGACAACUCAUUCACUCCACCAUGUCAGCGGAUGGGUGGAAUGGUCUCUUUCCGGACGUUUGAAGAUUUUGUCAGAAUUUUUGAUGAAGUUAUGGGCUGUUUCUGUGACUCCCCACCUCAAAGCCCCACAUUCCCUGAGGCAGGUCACACAUCUCUGUAUGAUGAAGACAAGGUCCCCAGGGAUGAACCCAUUCACAUUCUAAAUGUGGCUAUCAAGACCGACUACGAUAUUGAAGAUGACAGCUUGGCAGCUAUGUUCAGAGAGUUUACCCAGCAAAAUAAAGCUACCCUCGUGGAGCACGGGAUACGGCGCCUUACUUUCCUCGUUGCACAAAAGGAUUUCAGAAAACAAGUCAACUGUGAGGUGGAUCAGAGAUUUCAUAGAGAAUUCCCUAAAUUUUUCACAUUCCGAGCAAGAGAUAAGUUUGAAGAGGACCGCAUCUAUCGUCACCUGGAGCCUGCCCUAGCUUUCCAGUUAGAGUUGAACCGAAUGAGAAAUUUUGACCUUACUGCCAUUCCAUGUGCUAAUCAUAAGAUGCACCUAUAUCUUGGGGCAGCAAAGGUGGAAGUGGGCACAGAAGUGACAGACUACAGGUUCUUUGUUCGUGCGAUCAUCAGACAUUCUGACCUUGUCACCAAGGAAGCUUCUUUUGAAUAUCUGCAAAAUGAAGGGGAACGGCUGCUUCUGGAAGCUAUGGAUGAAUUGGAGGUUGCUUUUAACAAUACAAAUGUCCGCACUGACUGCAACCACAUCUUCCUCAACUUUGUGCCCACUGUCAUCAUGGACCCAUCAAAGAUUGAGGAAUCUGUGCGGAGCAUGGUAAUGCGCUAUGGAAGUCGGCUGUGGAAAUUACGCGUCCUCCAGGCAGAAUUGAAAAUCAACAUUCGCUUGACACCAACUGGAAAAGCAAUUCCCAUUCGCCUCUUCCUGACAAACGAGUCCGGCUAUUACUUGGACAUCAGCCUGUAUAAGGAAGUGACUGACUCUAGGACAGCACAGAUCAUGUUUCAGGCAUAUGGAGACAAACAGGGACCAUUGCAUGGGAUGUUGAUCAAUACUCCAUAUGUGACCAAAGAUCUGCUUCAAUCAAAGAGGUUCCAGGCACAAUCCUUAGGAACAACAUACAUAUAUGACAUUCCAGAGAUGUUUCGGCAGUCCCUGAUUAAAUUAUGGGAGUCGAUGUCCACACAAGCAUUCCUGCCAUCCCCCCCUCUGCCUUCUGACAUGCUGACAUAUACUGAGCUCGUGUUGGAUGAUCAAGGUCAACUGGUUCACAUGAACAGACUUCCAGGAGGAAAUGAGAUUGGCAUGGUAGCUUGGAAAAUGACCCUUAAAAGUCCUGAAUAUCCAGAAGGCCGAGAUAUUAUUGUUAUUGGCAAUGACAUCACAUACCGAAUUGGAUCCUUUGGGCCCCAGGAGGAUUUGCUGUUCCUCAGAGCUUCUGAACUUGCCAGAGCAGAGGGUAUCCCACGUAUCUUUGUAGCAGCCAACAGUGGAGCAAGAAUUGGACUGGCAGAGGAAAUUCGUCAUAUGUUUCAUGUGGCCUGGGUAGAUCCUGAGGACCCUUAUAAGGGAUACAAAUAUUUAUAUCUGACUCCCCAAGAUUAUAAGAGAGUCAGUGCUCUCAACUCCGUCUAUUGUGAGCAUGUGGAGGAUGAAGGAGAAUCCAGGUACAAGAUAACAGAUAUUAUUGGGAAGGAAGAGGGACUUGGAGCAGAGAACCUUCGGGGUUCUGGAAUGAUUGCUGGAGAAUCCUCAUUGGCCUAUGAUGAGAUCAUCACCAUCAGCCUGGUUACAUGUCGGGCCAUUGGAAUCGGGGCUUACGUUGUCCGUCUAGGACAGAGAACCAUCCAAGUUGAAAAUUCUCACUUAAUUCUGACAGGAGCUGGCGCUCUCAACAAAGUCCUUGGGCGGGAAGUAUAUACCUCCAAUAACCAGCUUGGAGGCAUCCAGAUCAUGCACAACAAUGGAGUGACCCACAGCACCGUCUGUGAUGACUUUGAAGGGGUUUUCACAGUGCUGCACUGGCUGUCUUACAUGCCUAAGAGUGUGCACAGUUCAGUCCCUAUCCUGAACUCCAAGGAUCCUAUAGACAGAAUCAUUGAGUUUGUUCCCACAAAGACUCCUUAUGAUCCUCGAUGGAUGCUGGCAGGUCGUCCUCACCCAACCCAGAAAGGUCAAUGGUUGAGUGGAUUUUUUGACUAUGGUUCUUUCUCAGAAAUCAUGCAACCCUGGGCACAGACUGUGGUGGUUGGCAGAGCCAGGCUAGGAGGAAUACCAGUUGGAGUAGUUGCUGUGGAAACCCGAACGGUGGAACUAAGUAUCCCAGCUGAUCCUGCAAACCUGGAUUCUGAAGCCAAGAUAAUCCAGCAAGCUGGCCAGGUUUGGUUCCCAGACUCGGCAUUUAAGACCUACCAGGCUAUCAAGGAUUUCAACCGGGAAGGACUGCCACUGAUGGUCUUUGCCAACUGGAGAGGUUUCUCUGGUGGAAUGAAAGGUGAUUGGCCUGGAUCUGGACUAGAUGGCAAAACUGAUUCUUCUGAACCCUGAAUGGGGAAAGGAUAG